GAUGUGUCUUAGAGAGCUAUCUUCACCUUGAAGUCUUGGACACACGAUGAAGCUCUGUCUAGUUGUUGUUGUUGUUUGCCUGGCCUCUUUGGCCUCGGGUUUUACUCUGAAAAAAGCGCCGCAGGAUGGGCCAAAAGGACCGGAGAAACAACCUCUUUUCCGUCGUCAGUUUACCACCGAAUCUUCGGAUGAAAAAAGAAUGUUCGAAACCAGCUCCGAGGGGCCUUACUCAACCUCACCUGGUUCGGAUGAAAAAAGAAUGUUCGAAACCAGCUCCGAGGGGCCUUACUCAACCUCACCUGGUUCGUUUGAAAAACGCAAAGUCGGUGGCGACAAGAAAAAAGGCGAAAAAACACAUUCUCCGCAUGAUGAUCGUGAUGACGCUGUCGAGAAACGUCGCCGCCACCGCCAGCGCCACACUUGGGUAAUAGAAUAA